AAACUAGGAGGGAACUUCAAUGGGUGGCGCUGGAGGUCGGCAAUGGAAAAACUAGAAAAAGCAGGAAGGGAAAAAGAAGAGAGGAGGCGUCUACACUGGGGGAGUCUAAGGGGAAGAGAUGGGUUCUGAAAAUGGGAGCCGCAUCUCUGGAAAAUGGGCUCGUGCCCUGCAGGGAAGCUUGGGGGAAUUGCGAAUGGAGAUCUAGUGCAGGAGUAGAUCUUAUGAGGGGCACUGUGGAGGAGGAGUCUACAUUAGGGUAAACGGGGAAAUAGCGUCCCCGUUAGGUGAGGGGGGGGGCUCGCUCCUGGAACAGGGGGUACCUUCUUUGGAUGAUGUGAGGGAGGGGUCUGACAGAAAAGAGAAGGGUCUUCAUUGGCCGAAUCGAAGGGGUGGAGCGGCUGCGCUGAUGACGCUGGGGAAGGAAAAGGGGUCUACACUGGAUAUGGAAGUCCUCGCUGAAUAAGGGAGUCUCUCUGGAGGAUGGGAAGAGGUUGGAUUUGUACUCCGGGAAAAAACAUAGGUGAAAGCUUGCAUCGUGGCCCAUUGAGAGGGAGGAUCGGGGGCGGAGCUCCUUGGCCACAUAGGCCCAGGAGGCCGCCCGCGCCCAGGAACUGCCCUGUGCGUGCAGGCCGGUCCAUGGGAACUCAAAAGCCGCGGAUUUUGCCAUGGCUGAUGUCGCAGCUGGACCUGGGGCAUCUGGAAGGCGUAGCCUGGCUGGAUGCAAGCCGCACGCGCUUCCGCAUCCCUUGGAAGCACGGCCUGCGACAGGAUGCGCAGCUAGAAGAUUUCGGCAUCUUCCAGGCCUGGGCCGAGGCCAGCGGUGCUUACAUUCCUGGGAAGGAUAAGCCAGAUCUGCCAACCUGGAAGAGGAAUUUCAGGUCUGCCCUGAACCGGAAGGAAGGGGUGCGGCUAGCAGAGGACCGGAGCAAGGACCCCCAUGACCCUCAUAAGAUCUACGAGUUUGUGAACCCAGGAGCUGGCGAUUUUGCCCAACUGGACACCUCUCCAGAAACCAAUGGCGCAGGCAGCACCCCUGAUACCCCGGAAGACCUCCUGGACUUACUGGGUGACAUGGCCUUGGCCCCACUCCCAGUUGAGGGGCCCUCAGGCCUGGCAGUGGCUCCUGAGCACUACUCUCAGCUCCUGUUGAGCCCCGACUCAGACAACUCCUUGCCCCACCCAAACCUUGCACCCCCUGAUAACCCACUGAGGCUGCUGUUGGAGCCUGAGGAACAGUGGGAGUUCGAGGUGACUGCCUUCUACCGAGGCCGCCAGGUCUUCCAGCAAACAGUGUUCUGCCCUGGGGGCCUGCGGCUGGUGGGCCCAGAAGCUGGGGACCAGACCCUGCCUGGGCAACCAAUAACCCUGCCAGACCCUGGGAUGUCCCUGACAGACAAGGGAGUGAAGGGCUACGUGAGACAUGUGCUGAAUGGCCUGAAGGGCGGGGGACUGGCUCUGUGGCGGGCAGGGCAGUGUCUCUGGACCCGGCGCCUGGGACACUCCCAUGCAUACUGGGCCGUGGGUGAGGAGCUGCUCCCUGACAGCGGACACGGGCAUGAUGGUGAAGUCCCCAAGGACAAGGACGGAAGUGUGUUCAACCUGGGACCUUUUGUGGCAGAUCUCAUUAGCUUCAUGGAAGGAAGUGGACGCUCACCACGCUACACCCUCUGGUUCUGUGUUGGGGAAGCAUGGCCCCGAGACCAGCCGUGGGUCAAGAGGCUUGUGAUGGUCAAGGUUGUUCCCACAUGCCUUAAGGCCCUGUUAGACAUGGCUCGUUCAGGGGGUGCCUCCUCGCUGGAGAACACUGUGGAUCUGCACAUUUCCAACAGCCAGCCUCUCUCCCUCACUUCUGACCAGUAUAAAGCCUACCUACAGGACCUUGUGGAGGACAUGGAGUUCUAGGUCCCUGGCGAGGCCUGAGCCCAGGCUCUUCACUUCGACCAAUAAAGCAGUUCUGGCUAUAGUCACCACUUGUGUGUGCCUGGUGUUGGGUGUGUCCCCCACCACAACACAGAGGUCAUCCCCAAACCUUAGUGGGUUGUUAUUCCUGCUGAGGUCUCAGUUUACCCAUGUGUGCACCUGGGGUAACUUAGGCAUGCAGUGCUUUACAACCAGCACUAUGCAGGGGGCAGAUGACACUCACCACCUCUUUAACUU